AUGCAGUCUUGUGUACGGUACGUGUCGCUUUUUAUUCUCUUCUCUUUUAAUGAUCACGUAACUUGCUCUGUGACUCAUUAUUCGAUACCCGAGGAGAUGAAAGAAGGAUCAGUUGUUGCAAACCUUGCUUCUGAUCUGAGCUUGGAUGUCAAAACACUAAAUCGGCGGAAGAUGCGACUUGACCUUAUUGCCAACAAAAAAUAUCUGGAUGUGAACAAAGAGACUGGGGAACUAUAUGUUGUAGAGAAAAUUGACAGGGAAUCCCUUUGUUCAAAAACGCUGACAUUAUGCUACUUGAAAAUGGAAGUAAUACUCGAAAAUCCUUUGCGAAUUUUUAACAUAGAACUAGAAAUGUUGGAUAUAAAUGACAACGCCCCACAGUUUAGGAGAGAUGCCAUACAUCUGGAUAUCUCUGAAGCGACGCCAGCUGGGGAAAGAUUCUCAUUAAGCAACGCUGUUGACCCGGAUGUCGGAACUAAUUCUGUGAAAACGUACAUCAUUACUGAAAAUGAACACUUUACUAUUGAAAUUCAAACUGGAAGAGAUGGGUCAAAAUUUGCCGACUUGAUCUUAAAAAGUGCCUUAGAUCGAGAGCAGCAGUCUGUUCAUAAUCUAAUACUAACAGCUGUAGAUGGAGGUACACCUGCCCGCUCUGGCACUGCAAGUGUUAUUGUUCAUGUUUCAGACACAAAUGAUAAUGCACCUACUUUUGACAAAGCUAGUUAUACUAUAAACAUUGUAGAAAAUUCUCCCAUAGGAAGCCUUGUUAUUCAUCUGAAUGCUACAGACUUAGAUGAGGGAUCAAACUCUGAUGUAACUUACGCAUACAGUUUAUAUACAUCAGAGAAAACACAGGAAACAUUUCACCUGAAUCCUUCCACUGGUGAAAUCACUGUUAAAGGAAUGUUAAAUUAUGAAGAGUUCAGGAUUUAUGAUAUGGAAGUUAUAGCGACCGACAAAGGAGCCAACAGUUUGUCAGGACAGUGUACCAUAAAGAUCCUGGUAGAGGACAUGAACGACAACCACCCAGAAAUAUCUAUUAAAUCAUUUCAGAGUCCAGUCAAUGAAAACAUAGAGUUAGACACAGUGAUAGCUGUAGUCAGUGUGAGUGAUAAAGACUCUGGUGAUAAUGGAGUCGUUGAUCUUCAUAUUCCAGAUACGAUGCCUUUCAAACUGAGAGAGUCCUCUGAUAACUAUUAUGAAUUAGUGGUGUCAGAGCCGUUAGACCGUGAGAAGGUUCCAGAAUAUGACAUCACCUUCACGGUGACAGACAGAGGCUCUCCUCCUUUAUCUGACAAUGAAACUAUGACAUUAGAGCUGCUGGAUGUCAAUGACAAUGUCCCACAGUUCCCUCAGUCAUUUUAUACCAUACGUGUGAUGGAGAAUAACGCACCUGGAGCCCUGCUCAGCUCCCUCACUGCCUUUGACCCUGACCUCCAUGAAAACCAGUAUCUCGUUUAUUUCAUCCUGGAGAAGGAGAUAGCUAACACCUCCAUGUCCAUGCUGUUCUCCAUCAAUCCAGAGAACGGCAAUCUUUACGCACUGAAAACUUUUGACUAUGAGAUCGAGAAGGAGUUUCUAUUCCACAUCGAGGCCAGAGACUCUGGCUCUCCCCCGCUCAGCAGUAAUGUCACGGUCCACAUUAUCAUUGUGGACCAGAACGACAACGCUCCGGUCAUUGUGUCUCCGUGGCGCGCGCACGGCUCGGUGGUGGAGGAGAAGAUCCCCAGGUCCACCGAUAAAGGCUCUCUGGUUUCCAAAGUGAUAGCUUUGGACACAGACUCUGUGCACAACUCAAGGAUUACCUACCAGUUUCUACAGGUGACAGACGCCACCUUGUUCAGUCUGGACCAGUACAACGGAGAGAUCCGGACUAUGAGGAUGUUCAGCUACAGAGACCCGCGCCACCUGAGACUGGUCGUUGUUGCCAAGGACAAUGGACAGCCCGCUCUCUCUGCAACAGUCACCAUCAAGCUGUCCACGGUGGAGACUGCUGUGAAGACCUACUCUGACAUGACUGAGGAGCCUCUGGGGUACGACAUCUUCUCAGACCUCAACCUGUAUCUGGUCAUCGGCCUGGGCUCGGUGUCGUUUCUCCUGCUCAUCACCAUACUGGUCACCAUCGUGCUCAAGUGUCAGAAAAGCAACCACAGCAAAGCGGCUCCUCCCUGCAGGAACAGUGUGAUCAGUGAGAGGAACUCCACCAUCGCAGACUCCACUCUGGUCUCCAAUGAUGCCUACUGGUACAGUCUGUUUCUAGCAGAGACCAGGAAAGGAAAGAUGGUGGUCAGACAGCCUGUGCCAAAGGGCUCCAGAUACAUCGUGUCCAGUCUCCCGAGAGGAACAGGACUCACAGACAGUAGUGGCUCAGCAGCCUCCACUCUGCAGGUAUGA